AUGUUAACACGACUGUCAUGCAUGGUUCUAUGCCUGACAGUUUCGCACUGCCUGGUUGAUCGUCCAAACAUCAUAAUAAUGCUGAUGGAUGAUAUGGGUUGGGGUGACGUGGGGAUCAAUGGAAACUGGGCUAAGGAAACCCCUUUUAUCGACAAGAUGGCAGCAGAAGGUAUGUUGUUCACGGACUUUUACACAGCUAACCCGCUCUGUUCCCCCUCAAGAGCAGCUCUGAUGACGGGGAGACUACCUAUUAGAAAUGGAUUCUACUCAACGAACGCUCAUGCUAGGAACGCUUACACUCCUCAGACCAUUGUCGGUGGUAUUCACGAAUACGAGCAGCUCCUCCCUAAACUCUUGAAAGAGGCUGACUACAAAAGUAAAAUAAUUGGAAAAUGGCAUCUUGGACAAAGGAGACAGUUCCUACCAUGUAAUAGAGGGUUUGAUGAGUUCUUUGGCUCAGGAAAUUGCCAUUUUGGACCAUUUAACGAUGUUAAAACACCCAACAUGCCAGUGUACAAAGACGACAGAAUGGUUGGAAGAUACUACACCAACUUCACUAUUAACAAAGCAACGGGACAAUCCAACAUGAGUCAGCUAUUCCUAGAGGAAGGACUAUCCUUUAUAGAAUCACAGAGUGUCGCCAAGAAUCCAUUCUUCCUUUACUGGACCCCUGAUGCUACACACGACCCGAACUACUCAAGUCCCAUGUUCCACGGUAAGAGUAUUCGGGGGCGAUAUGGUGACGCGGUCAUGGAGAUGGACUACUGUGUCGGCCAAAUCUUGAAGAAGCUAAGAGAGCUUAAUAUAGAAAAGGAGACAUUUGUGUUCUUUACGUCGGAUAACGGGGCAGCUACAUACAGGAGGCGAGAUGGAGGAGACAAUGGUCCUUUCUUGUGUGGAAAAGAGACAACAUAUGAGGGAGGGAUGAGAGAACCAGGGAUAGCUUGGUGGCCUGGUUCAAUCCCUGCUGGAACCAUUACUCAUCAGCUCGGAAACAUCAUGGACCUUUUUACUACCAGUCUAACUUUGGCAGGGGUAAAACCGCCUCAAGACAGAAUUAUUGACGGCAUAGACCUGUGUCCAGUUCUACUGGACCAGUCAGCCCCAGUGAUAGACAGGCCUAUAUGGUAUUACAGAGGUAACGAGAUGAUGGCAGUGAGGGUGGGCGCUUACAAGGCACACUAUUGGAUGUGGACUGAGUUCGGGAAUGAUCCAGUUUCCUUUACUUUUUGUCAAGGACAAUACAUAAAAAAUGUAACUGUGCAUGACCAAGUGGAUCACUCUGAUGCUCCAGUUCUCUUCAAUGUUAAUAGGGAUCCAGGAGAAAAGUAUAUUAUCGCAAUCAAAAGCAAAGAAUACAAAGCUGCCAUGGCAAUCAUCAACCCCAUCGUUAAAGAGCACAAGGCAAACUUGGUACCAGGAGUGCCGUCCCUAAACUAUUGCGAUGUUGCAGUACAAAAUUGGGCUCCACCGGGAUGCGAGGACAUUGAUUACUGUUUGCCUGUUCCUGAUUCUAAUCCCAAGCUUUGUGUGUGGACCCACUGACUGACUGGAAAUUAUUAAAGUGCACCAAUUUAGAAUUGGCAGUUUUUAAAAAUUGAGUUCAGCCAAUAAAAAUAUUCACGAAAAU